UUCCAAAUGACGCUUCCCGGAAGCACCUACUUUGUCAUUGUUUAUUCAAACUUAAAGCAAUGCGAGUGUUUUAUUUAUGACAAAUAAAACAUUAAAACAUGCCGUGCUAUGUGUUGGGCGCGUUUUUAGCGGUUUUGUUCGCGCUGUGGUUCGUUCCGCGGAACUGGUCCCGGAAAUCAGGGACCGAUUCGUCUGUGGACCCUCCUGUGCGGCUCCUCAGCAGGCAUGAGUUGUCUCUGUAUGACGGAGAGGAAGGAAGCAGGGGCCUCUACCUGGCCAUUCUAGGCCAGGUGUUUGAUGUCCACAAGGGGCACAAGCAUUAUGGACCCGGUGGUGCUUAUCACGUCAUGGCAGGCAAAGAUGUCUCCUUGGCCUUCAUCACUGGAGACUUCACGGAGAGUGGUCUAACAGAUGAUGUGUCCAGCCUGUCUCCUCUGCAGGUGGUGGCACUGUUUCAGUGGCUGGCCUUCUAUCAGAGGGAAUAUUUAUCUGUUGGGGUGUUAAUCGGCCAAUUCUAUAAUGAAAGUGGACAGCCCACAGAGGCGCUCCUGGAAGCUGAAGCAUUAUUGGCUGAAGGCCAGCAACUGAAGGCCUUAUCUGAAAGCGAGAAGGUCCGCUUUCCCUCCUGCAACUCUGAAUGGAGUGCUGACAGGGGUGCAAGAGUCUGGUGCUCCACUAAGAGCGGCGGGGUGAUCAGAGACUGGUCCGGUGUGCCACGAAAACUCUUCUCUCCAUCUUCCGGUGGUAUUCGAUGUGUGUGCGUUAAAGAUCUGCCUACAGCAGAGGAGGAUCCAAACCUGCAGAAAUAUGAUGGCUGCCCUGCAGACGCGGACUCGUGCUCUCUAGCAGAGCUCUAAACUGGACCGGUCCAAAUCAUUGACUGUUUACUUCUUUUUGCAGCAGAAGCUUGAAACAAACAAAACUUUUUAUAAUGAAGAAUUAAAUCCUUGGUUUUCGAUGAGCUUUUAA